GCUGUCUGGUUCUCGCCGCGACUUGUCAAACACACAUUACAUCGUUUGUCAGGGGAAACGAAACACCUUAAUUUUACAGUAUGGCAAACAUCGAUUCGGAUGCCAUUCGCCAAGCUUACGAAGACGUAAGGAACGACUCAUCUCCCACAGUUUGGGCCGUCUUCAAAUAUGAAGACAAAAAAAUCGUCUACACCGGCGAUUGUGGGGAAAACUACGAUGAUUUUUUAAACUUUUGUGAAGAUGACAACCGUAUUUACGCAUACGUUCGUGUCGAAACUGGGGACGAGAUGAGCAAACGGGCUAAAUUCGCUUUGAUUACAUGGUUAGGAAAGGGCGUCUCGGCCAUGAAUAAAGCUAAAGUCAGCACAGACAAAGCUCUUCUCAAAGAAGCAUGUCCGAAUUUUGCACUAGAACUGCUUGAAGAAGACAAAGCUGAAAUUAGCAAAGAAAAAGUGGUGGAGGCCGUGAAGAAAGCUGGAGGCGCAAAUUAUGGCACUGGAAAUUAAACUUUCACCCGGAAAUUUUGAACAAAAUAUGACUCAAAGAGACGAUCCUCUAAUUCAAACUGGUUUUGUAUUUAAAUCAUGAUUGUAGUAUUUUACCCUGUAAUAAAUUGAUUCAUCA